CCUUCCUCCCCCCUGCCUAAGAAACAAAACAAAUACUGUCGUUUCUCUCUCUCCACAACUCUCUCGCAGUCCGAGUCAGUCUUUCUCUAGAGUUUUGUUUCCUCUACCUCGAAAUUAACAGAGCUUCCUUAUGACGCUUGCUGGAAUCGGCCUGGUCUAUAAACGAGGAAGGGUUGCGUGCGCCUGUGAUGAGUUGAGGGGAGAAAAUUGGGUGGUUUAAUGUGGAGGUCACUUGAUGUUUACAUGAAUUGCAUUGUUUUCUUUUGGUUUCAUAGUGAAGAUUGAUGAUGGUGACGAGGGAGAGGAUGAAUUUGAGGGUUGUUGAUAAAAUUUUAAUUUGUGUGGUGAUCUGAUUUUAUUGUAAAUAGAUGGAAUUUUUUUUCCAAGCAUUUUAAGCGGAUGGCUUAAGCGGUUUUGUUUUUUUAGUUUCGAGUUUGAAUUAAUGGCCAUUGCUAGUCUACACAAUGUUUCUGUGCUUGAUUCUUCCUUCCUCAGGGAAUCUCAAUCAGAAGUAGUGAGAAGACGGGGUGAUGAUGGGAGAAGCACCCGGACAUCGUCCCACCUGCAAAUACAGCAGGAGCUUGAGGAUGAGCAUGUGGUGAGUCAUGUCCAAGGGAGGGUUGGUGAUAGAUUGGUCCAACAUCAGAGUGAUGGAUCGAGUACUGAUCUAUUGAGGGUGGAUGCUUCUGAUAGCCACAGUAAUGGUCAAAGUGGUUCUUCGGAGGGUGGGAGUGCUGGGGAGAGUGAGUAUGGACAAUGGUCCCCUGGUCCAAUUGGAUCAGAGAAUGGACAAGAGGAUUCUUCUGAUCUAGGAGAGGUUGAAAGGGAGAGGGUAAGGCAGAUUUUUCGGGAAUGGAUGAACAGUGGUGCAAGGGAAUGCGCAUCCAGUAUUUCCCGAAGGAACAAUGGUUCUAGAGCUGAAUGGCUUGGUGAAACUGAGCAGGAAAGAGUAAGGAUUAUAAGGGAGUGGGUGCAAAUGAACACCCAGCAGAGAGGUGCUUGUGUCGAUCGUAGAGAAGAACAAGGUUCCGAAGUUGCUGGUCAAAUUGAACAAGUUCUUGAUGGAUUGGCUGUUAACCACAAUGAUGGCCAAGCUGAGAAUACUCGGAGGGGUAUUCGUCGAUUGUGUGGCAGACAAGCUUUGCUUGAUAUGCUUAAGAAGCAUGAGAGAGAAAGGCAAAGUGAGCUGCAAGGUCUGUCGGAGCAUCACGUUGUAACACAAUUCGCUCAUCGAAACCGCAUUCAGUCAUUGCUUCGAGGUAGGUUCUUGCGAAAUGACAGGAUCAUUGAAGAUGAGAGGCCCACAUCCCCAGCAGCAAGUGAAUUGGGUUUAUUGAGGCAGAGACAUACCGUUUCUGAUCUGAGGGAAGGAUUUUUCUCAAGAUUGGACCAUUCUGUUUAUGGACAAGUAAGCAGCAAUGUCUCUGAUACCUCAUCUAACAAUGACAUGAAUGGUAAUAGAAGUGAACAAAUUGAAGCAAAUAACUCACAACAGGUCAUAGAUGAAUUUUAUGUACAAACCGAGUCAAAUACUGAGGAAAUUGGUAGCCUUGGGUUGUUGGAUGGUAGAGCUGAUAUAGAAGAUAACAUAAUUGAUGAAACAAGUGGGCAAGACUUUACUGCUCAUUCAGUAGAGGGGCCAAGGCAAUUUUCAGACUCUGAUGUGGGAGGCAGGCAACAGUUAGCCAACGUUGCAUUUGUUGAAAGGAGGGAUGGUACCAGAGAAGAGGCUAGUGACCACAGGCGGGGAGGUACUAAUAACGAAUCAUCCCAAGAAACUGUGGGAAGUGAAGCUGAGGAAGACAUGCAGCUUCUAUCAACGACAGAAGUAUUUUCUCAACAAUCCGAGGCAGAUAGGGGGGAUAGUGCCAUCCCCUUGUUAUCCAAUCAUUUGAUUGAUUUGGAAGCCACUGCAAAUGAAAGUGUAAAUUGGCAAGAAUCUGCUGCACCACUGGAACAGUGGCAGAAUCAACUCCUGGAAAAUGAAGGGCAGCACUCAUUUGAAGCUAGUCUAACAUCUGGAGAAUGGGGAGAUGGGAUUCAAGAUAACAUUGAUGGUCAUCAACAUGAAACUGCUGCUAAUGAAUGGUCGGAAAAUGAAGAUAGAGAAGGGGCCUCUGAAGUGUGGCAUGAGGAUGAUGGUUUUCAAGAGGCUGUGCAUAGUUGGCUAAUAGAGCCUUCUGAUCAGGAAGCUGCACCAGUUGGUAGGAUGGAUCCAUUUUAUUUUCCUGAUGAUGAUAAUGUAUACAGCAUGGAGCUCAGGGAACUCUUGAGCAGGAGAAGCGUCUCUACACUUCUUCGCAGUGGUUUCCGUGAGAGUCUUGACCAAUUGAUACGCUCAUAUGUUGAAAGGCAAAGCCAUGCUCCCCUUGAAUGGGAACUGCAAACAGCACCUACUCCUGCAUCAACAGAACAAGAUCUGGAGCAGCAGACUGUGGAUCAGAAUGAGAUUGAGGGGAAUAUUGUUCAAAGUCCUUCGCUUGAUCUACCUUCCCGGCCUAUACGCCCUGUUGAGCAGCUCUGGGAUCAAGAGUCACGCCAUUAUACUUGGCCACAGCAUGACAUGCAUCCACGCUUUGGAAUCGAAUGGGACAUUGUUAGUGAUCUAAGGAUUGACAUGGCUAGACUACAACAAAGAAUGAAUAACAUGCAGAGGAUGCUGGAAGCCUGCAUGGACAUGCAACUUGAGCUGCAACGGUCAAUACAGCAAGAAGUUUCAGCUGCUUUGAAUCGCUCUGCCGGUUCACCAGGGAUUUGUGAGGACAGUGCUCCUGAGGAUAGAACUAAAUGGGAUCAUGUGAGGAAAGGGAUUUGCUGUAUAUGUUGUGAUGGAAGUAUUGAUUCCCUACUGUACAGGUGUGGGCACAUGUGCACAUGCUCUAAAUGUGCUCAUGAGUUGGUCCAAAGUGGGGAGAAGUGUCCAAUGUGUAGAGCACCUGUAAUUGAGGUUAUCCGUGCCUACGCUGUCUUAUAAUUUGAUGGUUGAGAGAACUAGAGGACAAAUUAGAAAGAAAGAUAUGUUUGGCUUAACAAUGCACGAUUCUUGUCAGGCUUGCCUCUUGAUCCCACCAGGUAUUUUAUUAUUUCCUGGUUUUUUCCCUAUUGAUUUUGAUUAUAUUGAUUGUAUGAUUGAGAGAACAAUUUGGCUUCUUUGAUUCAUUAUUUAAACGUGAAUAAAAAAAAAUAUUGAGUGGAAGAA